UAAAAGUUCUGCUGUUGGCCACUCUGCUGAUCGAGUUAAUAGUUGAUUAAAGUUAAUCGAAGUUUGUCGAAGUGGCCCUUAGAGGAUACCACAACACGUAUUAAAAUCAGCGUUAUCCUCGCUGUGCGAGGUCAAUUUUUCGCGAUGGCCUCAACUUCUAACAGCUCAGUUCAAUCACUGAUGAACAAGGGCAAACGUGAUGCAGCUGCUUAUAUUCAUGCAGAAUGUAGCAAAUUACCCCUUGACAGUGGCUGCCCAGAACCUCUUACUGAACUAUUGGAUGUUCUUUUAAAUCCUAGUAAAGCGAUCGACGACUGGGAAACCAUUGACUGGUGUAAGUGGUUAAUGGCUGGUGGUCGUACGCCAGAUGAAUUUUCCAACACAGUAAGAAUGUAUGACAAUGCUACAACAUGUGGACUAGUUUGGACACCAAAUUUUGUAGCUUACCGUUGUCGUACUUGUGGUAUAUCACCAUGCAUGUCUUUAUGUACGGAAUGCUUUAAAAAGGGCAAUCAUUAUAGCCAUGACUUCAACAUGUUUCUCAGCCAAGCAGGAGGUGCAUGUGAUUGUGGUGAUGCAUCUGUUAUGAAAGAAAUAGGAUUUUGUGAUAGACACGGCCCAAAAGCUGCUGUAGAUAAGUCAACUGCACCUUCAGAUUUGAUGUGUGUAGCAGAAGUAAUGAUGCCUAGAAUAAUUCUUCGUCUUAUUCAACAUUUACGCGAAAAUUGUAAAGCAGGUGGCUCAGACUUUAGGGUUGUUAUCCAAAAUGCAGACGGAUAUUUAACCAUGCUUCUUGAUUUAAAUAAGAUGGGUGCGUUAAUGAGGCAUGUCAUGACAUCGGCGCUUACAAAUCCACAGAAGUAUAGACGCCUUAUGGAUCCUACUAUUUCAACUGGACAGCCAGAGUAUGAUAGUUAUUGUCAGGAUAGCAAUCAAAUAUAUCAAGAUGCAAUGAAAUCUUUACCAAAUCCAGAACCACCCGAUGAAUAUAAAGGUAAAGAAUGUGCAUCGUUACAAGAGAACUUAGAACAUACUACUUUCCUAGAAGAAUUAAUGUUCUGGACAGUUGCUUAUGAAUUUCCACAAAAAUUAGUUUGCCUACUAUUAAAUAUGUUACCAGAUCCAGAUUAUAAAGAAGCACUUACUCGUGCAUUCGUAUUGCAUUAUAGUAGAAUUUCAAUGAUGCUUGAACGUUCACCAGAUCCUGAUACUUUGAGUAAUAAAAUAGUUCAUGUCAGUGUACAGCUAUUUAGUAACGAAAGUCUAGCGCUAAGAAUGGUGGAUCAAUUAAAAUUGCUUCACGUCAUGGUUAUUGCAUUAAAGUACAUGAUGAGUAAGAUAUUAAUUCAGAAUACUUUACAUGAUCCAGAUAAAAAUUUUCACUAUGUAGUAGACUGUGAACGACAAGUGAUGAAGGAACAUUGUUAUUGGCCGAUUGUAUCAGACUUAAAUAAUGUUCUUUCGCAUAAGCCUAUUGCUGUUAGGUUUAUGAGCGAUGAUACACUUCUAGAAAUGUGGUUUGACUUCCUGUCUAUGUUUCAAGGUAUUCUUUACGUUUUAUUAAAUAUAAUUGUAACGUAUAAAUAUAUUUCUAUGGCUGUUUUUUUUUUUACAUUUAUCGUAGGAAUGAAUGUGAAUCAGCGAGAACUAAGCCAACACGUUGAGUACGAGUCUAACACAUACUAUGCGGCGUUCAGUGCCGAGUUAGAAGCUAGUGCAUAUCCGAUGUGGGCUUUAGUCUCCCAUUUGCGUGGACCUGAAAGUGCAACUUUCACUCGUCGAGUUCUUACAUUUUGUCUCACAGCGUUACAAGAUUGGUUAGAUGCUAUAAAUUUCACUCAUCCAAAUGUGAAUGAUAGUUUACAAGUGUCGUUUCAUCUUCCACUUCAUCGGUACUUCGCUGUAUUUAUGUGUCAAGCAGUGCGUCAACAAGGGGCUGUACUUAACGAUUUAUUACCACCAACCGAUAUGUUACACCUUCUGAUGAUGCAUCCUCUGCGAGUUCAGGUGGCCUUCUAUGAAAUUGUAAAUGGACUGUGGGUGCGAAAUGGAUUGCAAAUAAAGGGUCAGAUAAUGACAUAUAUACAGUGUAAUUUUUGUAAUUCUAUGGUAGAUGCAGAUCUUUAUCUUCUACAAGUCUGUGCAACCAAGUUACAACCAGACAUCUUUCUAAAAACAGUCAUUGAAAAGUUUCACAUUAAGGAAGAAAUGAGCCUUUGUUUAUAUAGAACAUCUCAAAGUGAAUACUUAGAUGCAGACCAUGAGACACCUAUGCUAGAAAGUUGUUUGACAUUCUUAGCUACAUUGGUUAAUGUUAGAACAAAUCUAGGUUUAUCUGAUCCUGAAAUGUCUCGCUUAGAAAUGGUCACUCUAUUAUGUAUGGGCGAUAAAACUCAUAGUCAGCUAAUGGAAUUAAUGCCAGAACGUUGUGGCAGUACUCAAAACAGAGAUUUUGAAGCUGUAUUAGCUGAUGUAGCAGUAUACAGAGCACCUAAUCUUGAAGCUAGCGGAAAUAUGCAACAGGGGAUGUAUGGUCCUCAACCCCGUGUUUGGGAGGAAUUAUUUGACCCGUUACAUGUCUUGCUAAGAGUAGCACAAAAAGGGGAUUUCCAGAUGUCAAUGGAUCGUUUUACCGAAUAUGUAAAGCAGUCAGGUAAAUUGAAAAAUAGCGCAACGCCAUGGCCACCAUUUAGGCAUCCCGCUCCUGUUUCACCUGCCUACGAUGAUCCACGAAUUGUAUUAAGAUCUAGAGUUUUUCAUGCAAUGAUUUUAAUAAUUUUGUAUAAAGCUGUGUAUGGACAUAACAUAUCAGAACAUGUAAUGGCGCUGACUAUUUAUUUACUAGAAAUGGCAGUAGUUACUGCAGAGAUACCUGACAAAUCGUUGAAUCCUUUGUGUCAGUAUAAUAGAGAUGAAUCAUCUCGGGUAAUAAAAGAUAUGGAUUUAUCUGGUUGGUACAAGAGUGAUAAUUUGUCUGAGAACCUGAGGACAAUGAUAUCUCAAGUUAUUUUAGUUCAAGAAUCCGAAUCAAAUAGCUCAGACAGUGAAUUUGAAUGGGAAAUUCCGGGAGACAUGACUGAAGUUGGAACUUCACUCAUGUUGAAUGAUGGAACAGAUGAACUUUCUUUAGAAGUUUUGGCAUCUUUAGAUGGUAUUAUCGUGCGUAGCUCCUCUCCUAUACCUGGUUUACCACAAGCAAACGACCAGUAUCGUAUGACUAUUGUACCUGACGAUGGAAUCGUUGCUAUAUCAGAUGCUAAUAGUGAAGAUGAUUUAAUACCUCUACAAAGAGCUUUGCCACCAUCCACCGAAGAAUCCAUGGCCCUUGCCCUUGAAUCACCUCCUUUACCAAACAACAUCGGAGGACAACCCGCGUUACCACCUGCGCCUCAUCGGCCCGCUGUUAUGGCUGGUAAUGGUAAUGUAAUAAUAGCUGCUGCUCAAAGUGCGUACUCACGGUUAAGUAAUUCGAGAGUGACAACGACAGAAAUUGUACCAUCUACAUCGAAUUCUCACAAACACUUCAAAAGGAGAGAUGCACAAGGUGGCCCGUUACAACCGCAAACAGUAAAAGUGGGCGAGAGUAUAAUUUCGUUGUUAUUGAAAUUACAUUCACAGCUAUCAGGUGUUCCGGAUAGUUACAAUCCCGAACAAAGUGGAAUGUCAGAUAACGAAGCCAGUAGUAGUACAGCUGCAGAACCAAAAGAGUGUAGGAUCGGUGACGGACCAUUCUUUAUCGCGCAGCUACUAAAUAAAAUAGCAAAUUUGGAUCCUAUGUGUAAGGAUGCUAUAAACGAAGCUAGAAACAAAUUAUGGCCUCGUAUGCAGGAGUGUGAAUACAAGCAACGAGAGAAGGAACAUCGGGAAAGAGAGGAGAGACGAAGGCGGGCAAAAGAACGGCAGCAAAAAUUAAUGGCUGAAUUUGCCAAUAAACGAAAACAGUUCAUGGAAAAAGCUAUGAAAACAGGAGGAAAACAAAUAUUUUCAGAUGAGGCAGGAGUAUCUAGUAUGGAUUGGGAUCAAGAAGAAAAUACAGCUAAAUUGACUAGCAAAAAGGAAUACGAUUGCGUUAUUUGCAAUCAAACUAGUCCUAGUACUGAAGAUAAACCUAUGGGUCUUGUUGUAUUGGUUCAGGCAACAAGUGUUAUUGGUCAUGAGCGACAGCAAACAGAGAGAUUACCCUUACCUACUUCUGACGAUGACCCUCCUAUACCAAAGGAUGAUACACGGGGUGCCUAUUUUGAUCGUAGAAUGGAUGAACUUAAUCGUCAUUUCGAUACUGCUUCGUGGCUGUUAUCCGUCAAUUUAGGGUGGGAAGGUGGAGUUCACGUUCAAACAUGUGGACACCAUUUACAUUUAGAUUGUUUGAAAUCAUAUUUACAAUCCCUUCGCAAUCAACAAAGACAGCAAAGUCUAGCAGUGGAUAGCGGCGAAUAUCUGUGCCCGCUUUGUCGUCAGUUAGCAAACUCAUUUCUUCCACUUUCUCCGCAGUUAGGAGAAUGUGCAGCAGUUGUACAAUCUCGUCAUGCCUCUUCUGGCACGAUACUUUUGGAGUUAAAUAAUUUGUUGAAAGAGAUACAACGAAAUCCAAUCUCGACGAAUUUAGCCAUGGCAAUGGGCAAAGCCAUGGAGGAUAUGACGAGUUGCACAUACUUAAAGUAUAAACAAAAGAACUGUUCUCCUAGUCACCAAAGUUUGUUCCUUUUCGUAACUUCUAUAGCUCGAACUAAUUUCGAAGUUGAACUCGUUCAGCGUGGUGGGUCGUUGUGUAUCUCUCCGCCCACGACGAUACCUUUAACACCAAAACGUGAUUGCAUUGUUGCACUUCUUCAUGUUCUGGCAAUGCAUGCAAGAGUAUUGACAGUGUGGCCUGUACAUCAUACUUGGCAGCAAUUAUCUGGACUACCUACCGAACCAGCAGCUCCACUUGCGUUAACGUUACACGAGAAAGAAGUUCCUUUACUCCUCAGAGAUCCAACUGCUCUUCUUAUACAGUUUAUAUUGUUACUUCCUUUGCACAUGGAUCAAACGUAUUUCUCUAGUGUGGUAAAGGUAAUCUACAACUUAUUGUACUAUCAGGUAAUAGUACAAAUAAGCUGUGGUCUCACGCAAGCACAAAGAAAUACAAUCUUAAGGAGAGAAUAUGUCGAACGCGCUCCCAUGUCUUCGGAAACUAUGCUCUACAGAAUAAUCCAAUAUUUCAACGACAGCCCGCUCUAUCGUUCGGAUGAUAUCGUAUACAAACCAUCGACAUCGUCGUCAAAUUCGUACGCAGGAAUUAAAAUGCAUAGUAUCGAGCAACAGAUACAAUCUAUGUGUUUACCAUUCCUACGAAUAGCUGCAUUGCUCCGUUAUCAUUUGUACGAAGAACCAUUGCCUUUAGUUAGGAUACCACAGACUGAAUUUGUGAGAUUAGUAUAUUAUUUGGAAUUAGUGUCGGAGGGUAUGGAUUGGAAUGUCUUUAAUUCCACGGUAGCUUUGAACUGGCAAGAUUCAGAAGCAAGUUUCACGGUACCACGUUUAUGGUGUGACCAGUUUCUGGCUUUUUUGAAUCGAAGUGACGUAGCUAGAAAUUUGAUAAUGGAGCAACACAUAUCGUGGCAGGUACCGAAGUUACUUAGUCUUCCAAGGGAAUACGAGAAGAUUUUCACGUAUUAUCAUGAACGACAGUGCCGUCAAGGUCACUCGAUUCCCCAAGAGAUUAGUAUCUGUUUGUUAUGUGGUGCCAUUGUUUGUCUGAGACAAAACUGUUGCAAACAGAUGAAUGUAUGUGAAGUUGUUCAACAUUCAAUUGACUGCGGAGGUGGUACUGGUAUAUACUUAGUUGUAACAUCAACUUAUAUCGUUGUAAUACGGGGUCGGCGAGUUUGUUUAUGGGGAUCUUUGUAUCUCGAUGAUUUUGAAGAGGAAGAUAGAGAUCUGAAACGCGGAAAACCAUUAUACCUAAGUCAAGAUAGAUAUCAAUUACUCGAACAACAGUGGUUAGCACAUAGGUUUGAUCAUACGAAAAAAACAUGGGUAUGGCAUCGUGACAUACUGUGACAUUUUAAAAUGUUACAAACUAAUCACUUUGAAACAAGUCGAAGACUUUCAGCAGGUUUAUUCUCAUACAAUGCCUCGCCAAGAAAUAACAGCGCUUUAAGAAUUAACAGAUUGCUCUAAUACUUUACGGAUAAUUAUAUUUAUUACGAUAUAUACAAUGAGUAAGUAGACAUAAUUAUUGAAUGAAAGUAUUACAAAAAAAAAACACUGAGGUGAGAGCUGAACUAAAAUUGUUUAUAGUCAUAUUUCGAAAGAUUAUAUCCGAAGAAAUGUAUGUUUUGAAUUAAACACUGUACAUUUUAUUUAAGUAUAUAUAUUACGUCCUAAUUAAAACAGUACUUAUUUAGCGUAAAGUAUUUCUACUUCAGAUAUGGAAAACGAUGAAAUUUCUUAGACCAAGAUUGAUUACUAGUAAUUAGAUAAAUUAUAUCAUUGAGAACAAGUAAUAUCAUUAUUAAUAAAAUUAUUUUUCCUUUUUUUUCUGUUAAGGCGAAUUAAACUUAUCGUGUGCCUCUUUUUAAUAUAGAAAAAAAAAUAAGGAAAGAAGAUUCAUUAUGUUCUAUAAUUUAUUACUGCAAUUAUUUUGUUGAUUAUUAUGAACCUCAUUUUGAAACUUUUUUCUAUUCAAUUUUUUCAGAAAUAGAACAUUACUAUUUUAUUUUAACUAUUAUAAUUUGAAUACUAUAGAGCAUUAUUUGUGAACAUGAAAAAAUUAAAGACUGAUGUCUUUAUCAUAAGAUUUCUGCUUCUGAAUGAAUUUAAUAUUGUACUGAACUCAAUUAUAAAUCUCUAUGUAAUUUAUUGCAACUCGUAACACGUUUUAUUUUAUCUAGUUUUCAACUGUACAUGCAAAAGAGAAAGGUGUAUUAUGUAUGGAUUUAUAAUUACAAGGUGAAGGGAAAAUUUCCACGUAUACGUUAAAUUGGCAAUGAUGUCUAUUCUAUUCUAAUAUAAAGAGCAAUUUUGUACAGCGAUAUUUUUAACAGUCUCGAAGAUGACAUAAAAAUUAUGUUGGAAAUAUAAAAUUAACGUAUGUUUUUAUUAUCAAAAAUCCAGAGUCAGCAGUGUAGUAAUAAGUGAGAUUGUUAUUAACACCACAUAAAUGUUAUUGUAAAAUUGUUUUCUUGGAGAAAUAGUUUUUUGUUCCAACUUAAUGAUGCGAACUCUUUGCAACAGUUUGUGAGAAACUGUAGUAAAUUAUUCGCUGAUUAACGAACUCGUAAUUCAGACAAUAUUUGAUGCAUUAUUUUUCUGUAUGCAUAUUAUGGGCUGUGUAUAUGAACCUAUAAAACUCAUUUUAUUAAACGAAAUAUUUAUCUAA